AUGCCUGCCCAUCCCUUAGACACCCUCUCUAUCGAGGAAACCCACAGAGCCCGGGACCUUGUGGCCAGCCUUCACCCGGACACUGUCCUCAGCUUUCGUGAGAUCUACUUGGAAGAGCCGUCAAAGGAAGAAUUGAUUCAAUUCUUGACUGCUGAGCACGCCGGCAAAAAUGCCGCUCACCCUCAUCGGACUGCCCUGGUGCAAUACGACGUCAUCGGAUCGGACAGAAUACCUCAAUACCAUGAGUCCGUCAUUGACCUAGACGAGGAGAAGAGAAUCUCACAUGUUGUGCUUGAUGAAUCCCAACAUGCAGGCUUAACACUGUCGGAGUUCGACACCCUCGUGGACGUCUGCAAAGCCUCUCAGAUGUUCAAGGACAUAUGUGCUGAGAUUGAACUUCCCGAAGGCUUCGAAGUGAUUGUUGAACCGUGGCCUUAUGGUGGUCCUUUCCCGGACGAGGAAAACCGACGUUAUUUUCAGGGGCUAUGUUUCGCUCGCGAUACGCGGUCCGGAAACGCUGACUCAAAUUUCUAUGCCUAUCCCUUACCUUUCAUCCCCGUGAUGGAUGCUCACAAGAGAGAGAUCAUUCGCGUUGACCGGCUCGCGACAGGAGGCAAGGGUGAUUCCCUUGACGCAAAGACACACUCCAAGAAGAUUAUCGACCACUGCAAGGCUUCGGAAUACGUCCCGGAACUGUUGAAAAAUGGUCCCAGAAAGAACCUAAAACCUUUGAAUGUGUUGCAGCCUGAGGGUCCAUCAUUCUCAGUGGACGGGAGCCUUAUUGAGUGGCAGAAUUGGAGAUUCAGGGUCGGCUUCAACCCUCGUGAAGGCGCGGUUAUACACGACGUGCACUUUGCUGGCAGGAGUGUAAUAUACCGACUGAGCAUCAGCGAGAUGACAGUCCCCUAUGCGGAUCCUCGAGGCCCAUUCCCCAGAAAGCAGGCUUUUGAUUUCGGAGACGGUGGAGCAGGAAACUGCGCCAACAAUCUUUCCUUGGGCUGCGAUUGUCUCGGGGUCAUCAAGUAUUUCGAUGCCGUCACCAUUGGCCCAGAUGGCGCCGCAAAGGUGGCACCCAACGUGGUUUGCCUCCACGAACAGGACAACGGCAUCGGCUGGAAGCAUACGAACUGGCGGACCGGACGAGCCGUCGUGACAAGGAACCGCGAGCUGGUGGUUCAGUUCAUCAUCACCCUCGCCAACUACGAAUACAUCUUCGCCUACAAGUUUGAUCAAGCCGGUGGGAUUACCGUUGAGACUCGAGCGACUGGCAUCGUCUCUGUCGUCAACAUUGACCCUGGCAAGACCAGCGCGUACGGAAACGUCGUCUCUCCGGGAGCCCUGGCGCAGAACCACCAGCACGUGUUUUGUAUACGGAUCGACCCUGCAGUCGACGGGUACAAGAAUACAGUGCUGACCGAAGAAUCGCAUCGUGCGCCUGUUAAUAAAGAGACAAACCCGUACGGCAACUUCUAUGAAGUUCGACAGGCGGUCCUCGAACGAAGCCAGCAUCUUGAUGCCGCACCUCAACACAACCGCAUCAUUAAAAUAGUCAACAAAAGCAGGACCAACCCAAUCAGCGGAAAACCCGUGGGUUACAAAUUCUCUCCGGCACCCACGCAACUGCUGCUUGCCGACCCAGAGUCGAUCCAAUCAAAACGAGCACUGUUCGCUCAGCAUCACGUAUGGGUGACCAAACACCUCGACGGCGAAUUCUACGCCGGCGGUCGAUACACUUUGCAGAGCCGAAACGAGAUCGGCGGCGUAGCAGACGCCAUCAAACGAAACGAGAAGAUUGAUGAUGAGGACGUUGUCGUCUGGAACGUGUUUGGACUGACGCAUAAUCCGCGGGUGGAAGAUUGGCCUGUCAUGCCUGUUGAGAUUCAUCAACUGCAGAUCAAGCCCACCGACUUCUUUACAGAAAAUCCGGCUAUCGAUGUGCCGUCGACAAAGAACGAGGCCUCACUCCUUACCAAUGGUGCGACAAAUGGCACUACCAACGGGACCAGCUGCUGCAAGUGA